GCAUCUCGGCUGCUCCGCGGUCCYUGGGGACAGCAAUCCCAGCUUUAGAUCCACACCGGGAUGAGGGAUCCUCGUGGGAUGAGUUAAAUGGAGAGGAGCUUUCAUCCCGCUGGGAAAAGGAUAAAUUUGAUUUCCGAUCAAAUAUGUCCGGGAAGAGCGGAGGAACCGCGGGAUGCGGGGGCUGCGCGAUCCCCCGGUGCGGGCUGGUGAGGACACGCUUCGACAUUUCAUCAUCGCAUCGCAUCGCAUCGCUCGGGAUUCCAACCCCUGCUCCCAAAAUCCCUCUUUUAUGGCUCCUGCCGGGYUGUAAAUCUGCGGCUUCCACGGCUGGCGCCUUUCACGGGGGAAAACAUCCGGCCCCGGCAAACUUUGAUGCUCCCGGAGUGCGUCACUCCCGCACGGGGUUCGCGCCCACGGGCAGAAAAUCCAUUGCAAAAGCAGAACUUGGCGAUUUCGGGGUUUCUGACGGGUCUUGCUCAACGUGGUCAGCGAGGUCGGGGCCCCUUCCCGCUCCCGGACGUGCCGAGGGCUCCGGUUCAGCUCCGGAUCAGCACAUUUGGCACCGRGGGGAUGGCGGAGGGGGCUGCGGGCUGGGCUGGCGUUUGCCACGGGCACGGAGAUGACCGGAGCGGGGGGAAUGGUGGGGCGGUUCUGCUCCCCCUCUUUUCUCCCUUGGAUUGCGGGGCUGGAGCGCUGCGGUCACCGCAGAUGACAAAACCGCGGGGAGCGGGAUCACAGCGGGCUCGGAGCUCUGGGAAUUCCCUGUGGGAGCUCCAGGAAUUCCCUGUGGGAGCUCCAGGAGGGGAGUUCAUCCCUGCCCAGCUGCCGGAAGGAUGGGAUAGUUCCACUCGUGCUGCCCGGAUCCACGUGGGAUCCACCUGGAGAUAAACCUGAGUUUCCUUGUGAGUCACACAAGGAUUUCCUUCCAAGCCGGAUGCUCUGGGAAGGGAAAAGCARGAAAAUGGGGAGAGGGUCUGGGUGGGGCCAUCCCCUCCGCCUGGUUCCUCUCACCCUGACAAACACCUCCUUUCCCGUGUUUUAGGGUGAAACAUUCGGUCCCGGCUUUGCCUCAGGCAACCCCUUGAGAACCCGGGUGAGAAAAGUCGGAGCAGGGCUGGAGCCGCGUCCCGAUCAGGAUCGGGGGAUAAACAGCCGUAAAUCACGGGAUUAGCGCCCGUCCAUCCCCGCCGGGAGCGCAGCCGAGCACCGGGCGCUUGGAYCAACUUCAGCACAUUUUGGGAAUGGCCUCGCCUGCCCCGGGGGGACCCGUCCGUUUCCUCACGCUCCCGGGAUCUUCUCACCCCUCCGCUCUCGUGUUUUCGGCCCGAGCAUCCCUGUGGGGACGCUGGGACAGGGGUGGUUCCGUGCUGGCCCGUUCCCGCUCGGGAUUUCCUGCUGCCCAUCCCCGCGGUGGCGCGGCGCUGCCCGGCACACGUGUCCCCGCUGGCCCGGUGCCACCCGGCGUGCCCGGCUCCGUCCCGGCUGCCUCCGUUUGGGGUGACGUAACCCCGGCCGCGGUUGCUUCAGAAAGAUCGGGACCGUUCCCGGGCGGGGACCAAGGUCCGGCACCGAUCCCCGCUCCGGCCACGCGUCCGGCACGAGCGCGGCCCCAUCCCUGCCCCGCCGGCAUUUCGGGAUUGAUUUGGGGAUUUGGGGAUUUGGGGAUUUUGGGAUGUUGGGAAGGGGCUGCGGCUCUCUCGGCUCGGCCCCGGGAGGUGGCUGAGGAUGCAAAGAUGGAAAAUCCACGCUCGGAGCGCUGCCUGCCUGGAGCAUCAUCCCCUCUCCAUCACCCGCUCCGCCACCGCCGGCUGCUGGGGGGUGAGAGGGAUUCCCUGAGCCGCUCCAUCCAUGGGGAAAACGGCAGGCGGAAGGGAAAUGUUUGUGUCUGAGGAAGAGUAUUCCCCGUUUUUUAUCUCCGCAGCUGCGGAACAGCCUGUAAAUCACCCGGCUCCGGCGCUGCUGCUGGAAACCCCAGGCGGAGAGGAGAAAUUCCUGCUGGAAGCGCUCUCCGGCGUCAGCAGCCGGGGAGGGGGGACGGAGGGCGGGCAAAGUUCGGCUCCUAUAAAGCCAGGUCUGCUCCUCUUCAUUCAUUCCCCUGGCAGCACCGCCGGCAGCAGCACAUCCAGAAUUUGGAGCAAAUCGUGCCCUGGGAGAGCCGCGUUUCUGCAGGAUGCUGAGGAGAGCCGCCCUCACCUGCCUCCCGYUCCUGCUGCUCCUGUCCCGCGCCGCUUGCCGGCCCCACACGUGGGACCAGGACAGGUUCCAGCUGGAAGCCGUCAAAAAGGAGAUCCUGGAGCGGCUGGGGAUGCCCGCUCCCCCCGUCAUCCGGCGCCAGCUGGACCGGGAGAGCAUCCAGAGAGCGCAGCGGCUCUACCAGCUCAAAGUGGCCGAGCUGGCGGCGAACCGGAGCCGCCAGGAGGAGGAGGAAGAGGAGGAAGAGGAGGAAGCCGUGCCCAGGACGCGGCGGCUGCACCGCCUGACCCCCACCUUGCUGCUCCAGCCGGACAUCCCCGAGGGCCAGCAGGACUCUCAAGGACACCGGGACGCCCUCGGUUCGCACCGCUAUCAAUUGCUGCUGUCCCGCACCGAGGAUUUYCACCGGCGGCUGCGGGUGCUGCGGGCGGARCUGWMRCUGUCGCUGUCGCUGUCRCUGCCCGGUAACUCAGUGCCACCGCGGGUCACCAUCCACACCCUGCGGGGCCCCGAUGGCACCUCCCGGUUCCUGCGCAGCCAAGAGCUGUCCCGGGAUUGCCGGAGCCUGGAGCUGACCGGAGCCGUGCGGCGCUGGCUGGCCGGGCCCGAGGCCACGCUGCGCCUGCAGCUCGACUUUACCGCAAACAUCUCGGCCGCUCUGACCGCCCCCGGCGAGGAAACGCCGGUGCUGGAGGUGGAAACGGAGGAGAAACCGGAGCGGGCGGCCAGGAGAGCGCGGGGGCUGGAGGAGGAGUGCGGGAAGAGCGACGGGAAGUGCUGCCUGAAGUCGCUGAAAGUUUCCUUCCAGGACAUCGGCUGGGCCGACUGGGUGAUCGCCCCCAACAGUUACUACAUGCGCUUCUGCGAGGGCUCCUGCCCGCACAAUUACAAAGCCGCCAGCAUGCACGCCCAGAUCCAGUCCCGGGUGCAUUCCCUGUCCAAGGCCGCGCCCCCGCCCUGCUGCGUCCCCGCCGCCUACGACCCCAUGGUGCUGAUGCACUACGACAGCGAGGGCAGCCUGGUGUCCAGCCUCUUCGAGGACAUGCUGGUCACCCGCUGUCACUGCGCCUGAGGGCGGCUCCGAGCCCGGCAGGGUGGGGCAGGGCCAGGCUGAUCCCUCGCGGCUCCAGCAUCCCAAAAUCCCAAUCCUGUAAUACCGAGUGACUCUGCACCAACCCUGGAUCCACCCCCGAAAUCCCGAUCCCAUGGCACCGAGUGACUCCACACCAAGCCUGGAUCCAACCCCGAGCUCAGCCUGACCUAUCUGGAAUCAGCAUCCCAAAAUCCCAAUCCUGUAACACCGAAUGACUCCACACCAACCCUAAAUCCACCCCCGAGCUCAGCCUCACCUAUCUGGAAUCAGCAUCCCAAAAUCCCCAUCCUGUAACACCAAAUGACUCCACGCCAACCCCGGAUCCACCCCCAAAAUCCCGAUCCUGUGGCACCGAACAACUCCACCCCAGACCCGGCUCUG